GCGGCGGCGGCGGAGACAAAAGGCCGGCGGUGCGGUGCGGUGCGGGUGGUGGUGCGGCGAUGCCGGGCAGCGGCGCGCUGAAGAAGCGCGGGUCGGCGGCGGGGCCGGCUCCCGCGGAGGCGCUGGAGAAGAUGCUGCAGCCGGCGGGGCAGGAGAACGGCGUGGCCGGGGCCGGGGCCGGAGGAUCCGGGGCGGAGGGGGUGGCCCUGCAGCGCUCCAUCACGCUGCUCAACGGCGUGGCCAUCAUCAUCGGCACCAUCAUCGGCUCGGGCAUCUUCGUGAGCCCCACGGGCGUGCUGAAGGAGGCCGGCUCGCCCGGGCUGGCGCUGGUGGUGUGGGCGGUGUGCGGCGCCUUCUCCAUCGUGGGCGCGCUGUGCUACGCCGAGCUGGGCACCACCAUCACCAAGUCCGGCGGCGACUACGCCUACAUGCUGGAGGUCUACGGCUCGCUGCCCGCCUUCCUCAAGCUCUGGAUCGAGCUGCUCAUCAUCCGGCCCUCCUCGCAGUACAUCGUGGCCCUGGUCUUCGCCACCUACCUGCUCAAGCCGCUCUUCCCCACCUGCCCCGUGCCCGACGGGGCCGCCAAGCUGGUGGCCUGCCUCUGUGUCCUGCUGCUCACAGCGGUGAACUGUUACAGUGUGAAAGCUGCCACUCGUGUCCAGGAUGCCUUUGCAGCGGCCAAGUUGGGGGCGCUUGCCUUGAUCAUCAUCCUUGGCUUCGUUCAGCUGGGGAAGGGUAACGUGUCCAGCCUGAAACCUGAGCACUCCUUCGAAGGCACCAAAGUAGAUGUGGGGAACAUCGUUUUGGCUUUGUACAGCGGCCUUUUUGCCUACGGAGGCUGGAAUUACUUGAAUUUUGUCACUGAGGAGAUGAUAAACCCCUACAGAAACCUGCCGUUGGCCAUCAUCAUUUCACUGCCUGUAGUCACCCUGGUUUACGUAUUGACAAACUUGGCUUACUUCACUACGCUGUCGACGGAGCAAAUGCUGACGUCGGAAGCCGUGGCUGUGGACUUCGGAAACUAUCACCUCGGUAUGAUGUCCUGGAUCAUACCUGUCUUCGUCGGCUUGUCGUGUUUUGGAUCUGUCAAUGGAUCCCUCUUUACUUCUUCACGGCUGUUCUUCGUGGGAUCCCGGGAGGGCCACCUGCCCUCCGUCCUGUCCAUGAUCCAUCCCAGGCUCCUCACUCCAGUGCCUUCUCUCGUCUUUACAUGUAUUAUGACCCUGAUGUAUGCCUUCUCCAAGGAUAUCUUCUCCGUCAUCAACUUCUUUAGCUUCUUCAACUGGCUCUGCGUGGCUCUGGCAAUCAUCGGCAUGAUGUGGCUCCGCUAUAAAAGGCCAGAGCUGGAGAGGCCCAUUAAGGUUAACGUGUUACUGCCCAUUUUCUUCAUCUUGGCCUGCUUGUUCCUCAUCGUGGUCUCCUUCUGGAUGACGCCAGUGGAAUGUGCGACUGGUUUCGUCAUCAUCCUCAGCGGGCUCCCUGUUUACUACUUCGGGGUCUGGUGGAAGAACAAACCCAAGUGGAUCCUUCAAGGCAUCUUUUCCACGACAGUCCUGUGCCAGAAGCUGAUGGAAGUGGUUCCACAAGAGUCUUAAACAAGGCCAGCACGGACACUCGGCUUGAGAAAACGCACAAUGCCGUUUGAGAACGACACAAAAGAAAAGGCGUCUGAUGCUUCUUCGAUGAAACCUAGAGCACCUUGGCAGAGCUGCUGUGUCCCUGAGGCCCCACCACUCGCUCUGCCUGUCCCCUCUUCUUCUCCCCCAUCACCACCCCCAAGCCAGGCAACACGUUGGAGAAGAGUACUUGGUACGAUUUUAGUCCAGGACGAGGAGUUUCUGCUGGUCGCCUCCAGAGACUGCAGCUCAUUCACUAACAGUGAAUCUCAUCAGAUUCUGUGUUUGUGUGUGUGUUUGUGUGUGUGUGCAUGUGAGACUGAGGGCUCAACUUCAGUUCUGGUCACUGUUAUUUAGUAGCUUUAUUUUUGAGGGUUUUGGGGGUUUGUUUUUUUUUAUAAUUUAAGAUUAGCGAUUUAAUUUCUUCGUCACAGAUACUGCGAAUGCAUCUGCUGAUGUAAUGGAAACAAUUCCUAACGUUGCCAACCGUAUGUGUCUGCCUCCCAAGGGACUGGGAUUACACACUGCUGCGUAGCUACAGGCCUCCAAGUCGGGCUCGUUGAACCGCAACGAGCCGCGCUGGCCGGCCUGCCAAGGUGACGUUCUUGGAAGACCUAGGCACCAGCAGACAAACCAAAUGAACCAAAAUAGGUGUGACACUGAUUUUAAACGAGGAUCUGCACUGAUUUCAGCCCAGUCCCUGCCCCAUCUCUCUGUUGCCCCAACUCAGAUGGAAAUUUUAUUUUUUAGACAUUCAUUUUAGUGCUAAUUAAACUGUAAAUCACUGGGCAUACAUUUCCCCCCCCCCUUCCUUGAGGACUCCAGGUGCUGGUGCUCUUUAUGGACUCAUCACAUUUUUAGAGAUGUUUGCAAAGCAAAGAUCAUUCAACAGGCUUUAGCUGUUUUGGCAUCUGCUCACACUCACAAAAAUAUAUGCUCUUGGACACUUUGGAGUCUGCCAGAAAGGCCUUUGGGCAGCAAUUUGCAAAAGGCAGAGCAGGAUUAGCAUCAUGGAGAGGACAGGGUAUGUGCACGUGUAUUUUGAUUUUCAUUCUUGCUGGAUCAUGCUCAGUUGCCUGGUUUUCUACCCUUUAAUCUUACCCCCCUCUCUAUUAUUGGGCCAGUACUCUAGGCCACUUCUGUAGUUGCACUAGUCCUAUUGUUGCGUGUGAAUACAUUUUAUUUUGGACGCCUGUCAUUUACCCCUGUAAAAUUAGUAUUAGGAAACAAGGUGGGUCCCGAGGACAGGGCUCCAUGCAAUCAAGCUGAGAAAUCCCAGUGGCUUACUGAAAAAUGAUCAGAAGCCUGAGUCAUGGGAAGGCUGCAUUUUUCUGAAGUCUGUCUGCAGCCAAGCUCAGUGCCAUCCUUUCAAGCGUCCCUGUUUAGCAUUCAUCCUAACUGAUGUUUCACCCAAAACCAUUCAUAAAGGGAAGGCUUCAAAUGGGUGCUCGCAGCUCACCCCCUGCCACUGCCGAGGAUUGCGUGUCGCUGUAUGGACAUGUGAUGGGUUUUUUUAAUUAAGGCAAUAUUCACUUUGGAUCUUUUUGAAGACCACGUGGGGGGCAUGGCAAUGAGUAGGUCUGGUGCAUGGCUGGGGUCCCUUGUUCCCCAUUUGUCGUACGGCUGGUGAAUGGUACUCUUCCUUCACCAUUCGUAGAAGCAGCAGGCUGGAAAAAUGCUCCUCCUUCCCGUAGCACUGCAACACCACGCUCGGCUCAGCUGGCGUUGGAUCCCUUCUCACGGCACUUAGCUGGCUCCCAACGAGGAUCUGCAUGUGAAUACCUGGAUGCUUUUUGGGUGACUCCAGGGAGCUGGCACUUCCAUUCCAGUCCCUCUUCAGUAUAGUCCCAUGCCUCCAUAGAGGGCAAUGCAACCCGCUGUGUGCGUGUAGUCGGGGUCGUUCUCUUAGGAAGCAUAUUGCUUACUUAGCCAAAAAUCUGUCUGUCUUAGCAGACUACAGGGUUUCCGUACUUAAGUACAAUCGUCCAAACGCUCUGUGUUCACGGCGAUGUUCUCUUUGAAACCAAAACCAAUUUUCCUUACAAAGAGAGCUACGCCGUUGCUUACAGGAAUCUCCUUUAUGCUUUCGUCCUGCCACUCCCUGCACUAGGAAAAAGGGUCAUUCAACUUUUGCCCUGCAGUAUUGUUUUGUUGGCUUUUUUGUUGUUGUUGUAAACUAAGAUGCUUUGAAGUAGCGACCCUGUAGAGUUUGUGGCUGUCUGUUUUAUAUUGAGUUGUUUUGCCAGCACAGGGGAUUUUUUGGAAGGAGAAGCAAUAAGCAGGCUGAGGAUGCACUGGCUUUUUAUGAAGCAAUUUAGCGGGGGGAGUUAGUAGCAAUUCCAAACAGCAACGAACGCCGCUGGCAGCCGUGGUGGGAGAAAAUAACCAAUAGUCGUAGUAAAACCAAGAAGUUAAAAUGUGCAGCUCUGUCGUUGUCAUUAAGAAAAAAAUCUGAAAGCUUUAUUUUUAGAAAAUAUUUUAGGGAGUGGGUGGCACCUUUGUCAUGUUAACCUCUCACUUCCAGGGCACCCUGUUUGCCAUCCAGCCUGGGUCACCGGUGACCCAGAGGGUGCACUGAUGCUGCACAAGGCAGAGCAGGAAGAGGUAUACGGUGCUGCCUUGCGUGGUGUAGGCUUACCCAAAGUUGUAGCCAUCCCAUGGCUGUGUGAGGACCUAUGUGCAUCAGGAUGCUGGUCCUUAGAUCCAUUUUUAGUGGAAAGGCAUGUACACAGAUAAGCCCAUGGGCUGUGCCUUUCUUCCGAAGCAUGAAUCCUUCCCAGGUCCAGGUUGAGCUGCUUUGGCUAGGUAGCAAGGAGAAGCUUGCCCUGCCAUCAAUAGGCUGUGCUUAUCCCGUGGAUACAAGACCCCCCGGUCCGUCUGACGCCUUCCUCUAGUGCUACUUUUUCUUUUGGAUGUUCUCAGGGCCAGUCGUAUAUGGGACCUGGUUUUAUUUCCUUGACGUAGCUUCUGGCUGUUUUGAGCUUUGAGCGUCGUGUAGACUACUGCAGAAAUAGCUGGGAUGGGAGGAAGCAUAGCGGGGGAAACGGGAUUUUCCUCGCUCGCCCGUUCCAAGCUAAACUAAAUGGAUCGCUGGUCCCAACAGGUGUGGAUCCAAACACAGUUUGGGGCACGUUUUGUUUACAUGGGUCAAGAAUAGAGGAACAAAUGAGUCGUCUCUUGUUUAGCCUUUAAAAUCUAUUUAAAAAUGGGAAUUCGCACUGAAUAGUACCUCAACAAAAAUCACCUUAGUUAACACAUUGACCUGGCUUGCCAUUUCUUAGUAACAUCUCUUCGUUAGUUCUGCCAGCUGCUAACGAUGUCCGUCUUGUAUCUGUCUGUCUGGUCCUGUGAUGUCACCUUUGUUUCCAUGGCAAUGAUUCUGUCCUAGGAGAAGCCUUCUCACCACAGGACCACGCAGACGGUGAAUUUUGGUGAGCCCAGGUGAAGAUCUCGUAGCCUGUAGGACCCUCAACAUGCAGCUUGUCUUUCCGGGUCCUGAUUUACUGUCUCUGCUGGGCUUGUCGGACGGUUCCCGUCACCCGGGGACGAGCAGCCCAGACAGAUGUGUCUUGGGGGGCAGGGAAUGGGUGGAGUUGAAUGAGCUUCAUUUGGGAAGGGGGGAAAAAAAAUUAAAGCAACUUCUGCAAAGAGAUGAACUUGCUGUUACGAGUAUUGAGGCCACAGAUAGCAUCUGUUGCUCAAUGCUAAGGUUCAUGACUAUCAGCCAAAGGCUUGGAGACACGAGCAUGAGCUAAUAUAGCCCCAGGCUGGGUCUGUUGAACUGAGGCUGGGUGUGAAGAGAGAGUGAUAUCCAAAUGCAAGGUCUCUGCUGCUUUGCUGCUGAAACACGUGGUGAGAUGUGUCAUUGGUGUGGGGGCACAAGUUCCUGAAGGUGGGUCGGUGCCAACAUCUUUCCCAGAACCGGGUGGGUGUUUUCCACAAUCAGUCAUCCUGAUUUAUGCUCGAGAGGAGCCAAAGGACUGCUCAUCUUCUCUUCCCUCGCCCCCACACAUGUAUAAAUAAAACCACUGCUCCUUGUCAAAUACUGACUGCUCUUUGAUGUUGCCAUAUAGUCAUUUCUCCCGGCCAGUGCCGUCGGUUGUAAUCCCAUCUAGAAGCCUGCCGUUGUGAUUUCCAGGGUGACAGCUUCCUCCAGGAUUCAUAGCAUGGACGGGACCAGGGCUGUCGAGUACAAUAGCGUAUAGAUCUUUUUUUAUAAGUGGUUGUUGUGAAUUUAAGUAGUCCCAUUGGUAACUGUGCUAAAUGCACCAUCAAUAUUCUCUGAUGCAAGUAGGGGUUUCUUUAAGUAUUCAUGGGAAGACAAUAAUUUUCCUUGAAUACGCAGGGAAACACAUAGCGAUACAGAAGGGGUCAAAAUAAAUAAGUGCUCUUGAUUCGGUGGGCUUAUUCCAUCAUGCUUUAUAGAGCGACUUCUCUCGGACCUGAAAAGCUCACCGAAGUGAGACGAGAAGGCGACCUUCUCCAUCCCGACUACGUUCUGCCAACGCCUGCUACGGCCAAAUCAUGUGGAGGUUGCAAUGCAAUAUCGGCUGCGAUUUCAGGGCAUUGAGGAUGUGUCUGAGGCUUAAUGCGAGUGCAUUGGCACUUCUGACGGGCAGCGAAGUACAAUGGGUGGUGGGGUUUUUUGGUUGGGUUUUUUUUUUCAUAUUUAAGUCAUCCUGAUUAGUCGCUGAGUUCCCUGUCGUGUUUGCAGCAUUUUGCAUCACGGAUCGUGUUUUCCAGCAAGCAGGAUUUUCUGUUUAGUGGCACCCAAUGCAGAAGCGAAUCCAGAGGAACUCUGUUGCUAGUGAGGAAACUUUAAAAGAUGGUCUGUUUUGCCCAAAAUUACGUUGCUCAGUUGUUCUCGGCUUGCCCUGACGGGCUGAGGUGGGAGCAUAGCUGCAACGCCACAGGUGGUUUCUAUUUCACCCAGUGCUGGCUGGGGACGUAACCGAGCCCUGGAGUUAAUGAAGGCGACCGUUAUUAAGCAGACGCUCCAUUCGUUAUUACACGACCUGGCCCCUGGCAGGAUUUGAGAGAUGGUGAUGGUCUGAUUGCACGGAAAUGCACGGUUACACUGCUCUUCGUACAGCAGGGGUUUGCAUCCCGGUAUGGGUUUGGCUGGGAGAUCCUUUUCCCUUUUGUCUGUGAAAGCAUCCCUUACGUAAAGAGUUUGGUGGUAAAGAUCCCGAACUAUUAGUACUCACAAAACGCCCUCGCUGCAUUGGGGGACACUGGCAUUUACAGAAACAGGCUGUGUAACUCCUUGCAGUGACAUCAAAGGGAAGGCUAGAGGACUAUCAUGCCAUUCAGCAUUUUAAUUAAAAAAACAAUCAAACAACAUUGAAGCAAUAGUAACAUUUGAGUCGUAUAGUAGAGCUCAAAUGAGGGCAGGUCAGAUGUGAAAUGGCUUUCAUUCCCUGUGGGACUUGGGCUGAUGUCGGUAUGCCGAAGCGUGGGAAGCUUCUGACAUCAGCACGGCCCUUCGGAGAAUUGCAGCCUUGUCUUCACGCCGGGAGCCCGGAGAGAGGCUUUAUCCAGCUGCAGGAAGUGGCAUCCUGCUGUGGGAACGACGGGGCCCUGUGCACGAAGGUAUUAGACCCCCGAGCUCACAUGGGUGACAUUCCCCGAGGAAUUAUGCAUUCCUAUGUCCGAAUGGGGAUUUUAUUCUGCCUGCGUGAGAGCAAUAGCAGUUGCAUGGUGGGGCCCAAUGGGAAAAGACGUUGGGGAUAAAAGAUGGUUCGAUGGAGCAACCUGCGAGAGGCCCAGGUGCCGUCCCCUGCAACUUCAAUCCUCUGUGCCCUUGAGCACAUCACGGCGUCUCCCUCCCCGGGACAGCCGCGGAGCAUGCAUGCCUAUCGGGGGCUCCACUAAAUCCCUUGUGCUCGUUAACCCUGCUGACAUUUUGGACACAGAAUGAAUGGAAGAUACUUAGCAGCUCUCAAUUUUUCACACGUUUUAUGUUCGUGUUCAGCCCCCUCUUGACUCUGCCCACAUUUGCACCUCGCUUUUCUUUGCAUUGGCGGCACGUGGGUCAAUGUGUGCUGCUGGGGCUCUAAGCAAGACGACACUUAGGCCUGCUUUGGACAGAAAUAGAUGAUGACGCCUGUGCUCAGGAGCAUCCAAACCGGGGGUGGGGAGUCACAAGGCUGAUAGAAAUUCAGUUGGAAAAGUCAGGUUUGCAAUGAACCUGGAAUUGCAAGGCUAGAAACACGAGGAACUGCUGCUUAAAAAGGUGCAUCUAUUCGAGCUCCCAAUGCUGCUAAAGCCAAGAGAGCCGAACCGUUGUUCUCGACAGCUGGAAAAAGAAACUGGAAAUAGCCCCUCGGGUUCGUGAAAUAGCGCUCGGUUUAGCCCUGUCGUUCCAAAAACACGAACACGUCACUUCCUCCAGUUCUAAUGUUAAUAAAAAUAUUUUUUUAAAUAUUGAAUUAAUUUUAGAAAGGCUUAAAGGAGACUUUAUACCUAUUGCUAAAUUAUUCCCUAUAGGUGACAGGCAGUCCUUCGUUAAGGGCCCGAGCGAUGCUGGGACAUUUGAACGGGUCUCCUGCCCGGGGUGAGUGUCACCUAUACGGAGAAGGUCACCCUUGUUUGUUGAGGACAGCAUGAGGCCUACGUCCCAUUUUAACCCUUGAAAUCGGGGUUCGAAGCAGUGACCACGCCUCAGGCUAGUCCACUGAAAAGAAAGAAGAAAAAAAAAAAACCAGGGUGAAAUUCGCAUCUUGUGAAUAAAUCUGAGUUUUCAGAGACGACUUUCUUCUAAAGUUAACAGAAUUUUUUUUUUUUAAUUAUCUUAACACAGAGGAAAAUCUAGAUCUAAUUUAGAUUUUGUUAUAUCUGAUUGCUUUUUUUAAAACAAAAAGUAUUUUACUAAUUUAAAUGUUGCUUUAGAUGACUUUCUAUUUAUUUUAAGGGGUAAAUAUCUUUCGUCUUAAUAUUUCUACAGUAAGUGCUGUCUCUUUACAAUGUUUGCAUUCCUGUCAACCGCUAUUCCAAGACUGACCUAGCGUGCUGUUUUGACGAGCCAGUAGUGACUUAAUCAAAUUGCCUUGUAAAAUGGUGUGUCUGAUGCAAUGUAUUAUUUUUCUCUAUCAUUUCUAAAUUCUUUUAUUGUCUACACUUUAGGAAAUCUGUUACAUUUUAAAUGUUUUGAGGGUUGCUUUCUUUUUUAUUUUAUUUUAUUUUUUUGAACAAAGAAAUCUCAAUUAUAACUGCUAUUGCUUGUGUUUGCCUUGAAAGCUUUUAUUUUGCAAAA